AUGGCGCAUGUGAGGAAUAUUUUUAAUCUAAAAUCGCCAUGCAGUUACUGAAGAUUCCUACUUUGCUCAUGAAAAAAAAUUUACAGUAAAUGUAGUUGUUUCACCAAAGCCUGUGAAUACAGAUUUCUAUUGACCCGCAACACUAAUGCGACAUGCCAAAUGAUAGGUUACAGUGUUCGAACUAACGCGGCACCGCUUAAUGAUCAAAUGUAUCCAAUUAAGAAAUGAACUCUUUUAACUAUUGCAAUUUGCUCACGUUUUGCAUAUACACUCUGUGGAAUACAAUACUUUCGAAACACUUUGACCAAGGGUGAUCUUUAAGUUCCAAAAACGUAUGACAAAGCCAUAAACUGAUAAGCAAAUGAGCACAGGCUCAUAAAUGAAUACAGAACAUAUUCAAACAUAUUUUUGUUUUCAUUUGCAGCACUUCAGGUGCCUGAGUCACGAUGGAGUGAAAUGUACUGGCGUCACAGAAGUUCAGAAGCCGGGAAAGUGUGGUGAGUCACCUAGGCAUAGUAAUGACAUGCGUAAUUAGGUACACUUAUUCAGCACUUAGAAUGCGUUCUACUGGCCCCAAAGUACGUUGUCAAUCGAUUAUUCUUGAUUUGCACAUGCACCACGUGGAUUCUAAGAGCGUCUCGUCUUUUUCAAAACUCUGACCAACAGUGCAACGAUAUCCGUAAUAAAAUGUCUGCAACCCAAAGCAAGAGAUUAAAGUGUGCUUUGGUUGCCUAAUUUAAAUUAAUAUUCCGAUUGCUAAUUCCUUUGCUAGAAAUUGAACAUACCGAGACAGGGAUGAAGUAUGCGGUAAGGACGAGCAUUGCCGUGAAUGACUUUGCCGCCUAUGUCUGCUACAUUGACAAAGAGGUAUCUGCCCAAUCGGUGUACAAGCUUGGUACGUGUUCUAGCUUUAUUUGGAAUAUGCACCUUUAUAAUUUAGAAGGUAUUUUAUUUGCAGUUUAAUUUGCUCGAGUAAAGGCAUCUUGAGAUUUAAGUUGGAUAACUAAAAAGUAUGAUAAAUCUUCCUAAAACUACACAUCUCAUUGAAUAAAUAGAGGGUGUAUAUGGAAUGUAUUACUGGAAAGCGUGGAUGAGAAGUAUAUAUAGAAAGACAACAGAAGAGUAAUCGAGAGAACAACAGUUUAGCUACUGAGUACGUUUAAUACUAGUUGCUUUAAUGCAAAAGAUGGUGUUAUUUUUACGAAACUAUAAAUUCGCGAUAAUAUUUACGCUACGAUGUGGUCAUAUAGCCUCACCUGAUGGGGACAGUACCGUUCGGAUUGAAGUUAAGGGUUAGCGUUAGGAGCUAGACUUACGGAAUUAUAGUGGGUCAACGUAAACACAUCUGACCAAAUUUACAUUUAAUUCUUUCACCACGGAUGCAUUUCGUUUUGUAAUCGUUUUGCGCAAAACUUUAUUUACAUUUCUCAAACGAUCGUGCAUGAGAUUCCCUGAUGGACGCAUAAAUAUGCAAUCGCCUGACAGCUUGGUAUUUUUUCAGAUUUUUCAGUUUCUGUGCUGUGUUGUUAUGUCUUUGGAUAGUCGAACAGGAGGAAGUUAGUAAAAACAUAAAAAUCUUUUUUUUAGGUUCGCAUGACCCAAAUGGCGUAAGCGCUCAGAUUAUUGAAGCGGAGAUUGUUAUAAGAUUAAACGGAGAACAAGUUCUGCUAAAUGAGUUGGGAACACAUUAUCUCUGGCUUCAGAACGUCCAAAUUGA